CUUGAACCGUCAUCUCCAACUACAACCAAUCCUCAAAACGGCAGCGCCUUGCUGUGCCGAACCUAGUCUCCAUGGCGGCUGAAACACAACGAUAGGAAACGUGUAGAUAGAAUAUUCUUAUUUUUUCUUACUACUUCAACACAAUGAACCGCUCGCCGUCGGCCGUGGGCCUGCUCCCUCUGCCCGGUGCCCCGUCGUCGUCGUGGGCGCUGUACCGCGCCCGUCUGGUCAGCUUGUUUCGCGAUGCCGAUGUAAGGGUAAUAGUAGCCUUUUGGCUGUUUGGGCUGAUAAAUAACAUUCUCUACGUCCUCCUGCUCUCCGCCGCCCAAGACCUCGUCGGCACCGCCGUGCCAAAGGGCGUCGUCCUCCUCGCCGACGUCAUGCCGUCGUUCCUGACCAAGCUGGUCGCGCCCUACUUCAUCCACCGCGUGCCCUACCCCGCGCGCAUCGCCGUCUUUGUCGGGCUAUCAUCUGCGGGGAUGCUGACCGUUGCGUUUUCGCCGGCGCCCGGUGGCGGGGGCGGGGAUGUGGCGGUCAAAUUGCUUGGGGUUGUGCUCGCGAGCUUGUCGAGCGGCGGCGGGGAGCUGAGUUUCCUGGGGCUGACGCACUACUACGGGCACGUCAGUCUUGCCGCAUGGGGGAGCGGGACGGGGGGUGCGGGGUUGAUUGGGGCGGGCUUGGGGAGUUUGCUGGUUGGGGCGGUGCUGCCGGGAGUGAUGGUGUUUGCGUUCUGGGCUGUGCUGCCCCGGGAGCGGUUGAAGGGGGGUUGGAAGGGUGGGUACGAGCCGCUGGAAAGGGAUGGGGAGGCUGGAGUGCGUGAUGGGGAGGAGGAGGAGGAGGGGUUUGAGGACGUGCCGACGGGCAUGGCCUCGUCUGGGCUGCUCGCGCCGGGAUCCGCGGUUGCGGCUACCGCGUACACCCACCAUUCUUACCAGCUUGGCGGAAAGACGUCGUUCUGGGGGAACUUGCGGCGCGCCAGGGUGCUGUUCUUCCCGUACAUGCUGCCGCUACUGCUCGUCUACGUUGCAGAGUACACCAUCAACCAGGGUGUGGCGCCGACGCUGCUGUUCCCGCUCGAGCAGUCCCCUUUCUCCGAGUUCAGGGAGUUCUACCCGUUCUACGGGUUCCUCUACCAGCUGGGCGUCUUCAUCUCGCGCUCGUCUACGCCUUUCAUCCGGAUUCACCACCUCUACCUUCCGUCUCUCCUGCAGGUCGUCAACCUCAUCCUGCUGACGCUGCACGCGCUGUUCAACUUCCUCCCUUCCGUCUAUCUCGUCUUCGUCGUCGUCUUUUGGGAGGGCCUGCUCGGAGGGGCCGUCUACGUCAACACGUUUGCCGAGAUCAUGGAGAGGGUGCCGGCCGAGGACCGCGAGUUCAGCCUGGGCGCCACCUCGGUCAGCGACAGCGGGGGUAUCUGCAUCGCCGGCUUCUUGGGCAUGGCCAUGGAGGUGUGGCUGUGCCAUUGGCAGGUCAGUCACGGACGGGACUACUGCCGGCGCAUCGAGGCGAGCUCAGUCCCCUGAGCU